UCGAGCGGCUUCAUUUCAACUACUUUAAUUUCCUUAUCUAUAGUCACGAAUGGUAUAAGUCCAUUUUCAGUCCCCUUGAGCUCUAGACAAAGCAACAACAAUGGCGGGACUAACCAGUCUCAAGCUUUCUCUGUUUCCCAAAUCCUGUGCUCUCUCCUCCUCUUCUUCUCUCUCUUUCCCAUCCUCAAAGCCAUUCCUCGUUUCAACCCGAAUUAUCCACAGAAUAUCCCACCGUUUCCCUAAGAUAUAUGCGUAUUCUAGCAAUGAUAUUAAAGUAGGCAGCAACAUUGAAGUCGAUGGAGCUCCUUGCAAGGUUAUAGAGUUUCUUCAUGUAAAGCCUGGGAAAGGGGCUGCAUUUGUGAGGACCACAUUGCGCAAUUAUGUAACAGGGAACACUGUUGAGAAAACUUUUCGAGCUGGAAGUAAGAUAGAAGAGGCAAAUAUCUACAAGGAGACAAAGCAAUUCACUUACAAAGAUGGUGCCCAGUUUGUCUUCAUGGAUCUGACCAGUUAUGAAGAAUAUCGUCUAAAUGAAAAAGAUGUUGGAGAUAAAGCAAAGUUUCUAAAAGAGGGCAUGGACUGCAGUUUGCUUUUCUGGAAUGGAAAGGUGAUCGACUUUGAAUUGCCUAUAACAGUGAAGUUGACAGUGGUGGAUGUUGAUCCAGGUCUCAAAGGUGACACUGCACAAGGUGGAUCAAAGCCAGCAACUGUGGACACCGGUGCAGUUGUUAAUGUUCCGUUAUUCAUAGAAAGGGGCGAGGAAAUUUUGGUGGAUACUAGAAACGGACAAUACAUGAGUCGUGCAAAGGAAGCUUGAGAUAAGUUUUGUAGCAACUGGAAAUUUUGGUAUCAUAAUGUAUUAAAAUCAAGUGUUAUCCGGAGUAACAUUAGGACCUCACUGCAGAUGCCCUUUGACACCUUUUCUUUGCCACCGAUUUGAGUAGACAAUGAAGUGAUAUAUAAAUUAUCAAGUAGAUAGUCUUUGUUGUAUUGAAGAAACAGGUGGUUAUUAUAGUAAAUGUAAAAGUCCUCAUUCAUUAUUUGA